AUGUUUCCUGUAACCGUUUGUAUUUAUGACAUCAACUUUGCUAGAGUUUUUAUCAACUGGGAUCAUUGUGUAGCAACUGGUCUUGACAACACAAAUGUUAAUAUAGGAGACCAUAAUUCAAUCAAGUCCCGAGCAAAAGAAAAAAAUGAGGACAUUAUCAUAGCUGGGUGCCCAUGUCACAUCCUUCAUAAUGUCACCGGUAAAGCAGGAACAGAUUUCUCUGAGAUUACUGGCUUUGACAUAGAAGAUCAUUGUGUUGAUGUGUUCUACUGGUUGGAUAAAUCCAGCAAAAGGAAAAGUAUUCUCAAGGAAUACUAUGAGUUCUGUGAUAGCAAGUAUAAAGAAAUAAUAAAGUUUAUUUCAACAAGUUGGCUAAGCCUGGAACUUUGUGUGAAUCACGAGUUGAAGAAAUAUGAAGGCCUAAAAUCCUACUUUCUGUCGGAGCACUUUCCAGAUGCACAGUUUAAGUGA